CAGCGGGGAAGUUUCACUGCAUAGCACUCAUAACCGCCUAAAAAUGAUAUAGACCUGAAUAAUUAAUAGUGUCGAGUAAUGCAAUGAUAAAGAAGAAAUACGAAUUAUUCAUGUGUUUGUGCAACAUCGGAAAACACGAUCGUCGGCGGUGACGUUUAUUUGAAACAUUUAAAACAAUAUGAAGCAGUGCUGUUUCAGUGAAAAUGAAGUCUUUCUUUGCUUUAAUUUUCCGAAAAUAAGAAAGUAAGAAGCUGCAACCGCAGUUGAUGUUGACUGAUGACAGUGGUUGAUAAUGGCCAAAGAGAUGAAUGAAUAUUCACAAACUACAAACGUGAGCAGCCCUUCAGAACACAGUGGAUGUGCAAAAGUUACUGGGUGUUAUUCAGAAGAGUUUUCAAGAACUUCACCUGAUAAUGGCAGAAGAAACCCAUUCCAUAUCAAUUAUUUGGACAAAUUGAGGUACCCAGUUUGCAGUCCUUCUCUUUUCAAAAGCAUUGAAAAAGCAAUAUCUAUUCCCUGUCAAGAAACGGAAAUAUUAACAUCUUGUGACAUCAAUGAAAGUGAUAUAUUUUAUGAUGAAACAUUGGACUCUGAAACAGAAAAAGCAGCACAAGAAACAAUUUCAAAAUUCUUUGAAGAUGCCUCUAAAGAUCUAUUUGUUACACCUGACAAAGUGACAAAUUCGUUUCUAAUAGCUACAGGAGAGAUGAGGGCAGAUGAGGACAUUUCUUUGAGUUAUAUCUGUGACCCAUCAACUCUUCAACAUGACAUUCAUCUUAGCACUACUUGGACACAAACAAACAUUACAUUCCCAUCAAGUCUGCCUGAAGAAGUCGAAGAAGCUUUAACUUUACACAAAAAACAAGUUGAAACUGAACUGAAAUUAGCUAAAUGCAGAGUGUGUGAUACUGUGUGUGGAAAGCAUUCACAAGGUACCCAGACUGAUGACUGGGAAAUGAAUGCUGUAAGUUUUAAAAAAGUUACAAAGUGCUCCCAGACAAUAUUGAGCUUCCCAAAAACAUUAACAGAAGAAUUAGAAGCUCUGUUGUCGUCAUAUGAAACUUUCUUUGAGGAAGUGUACACUGAUAUACGGAUGUCAAUGCUGAAACGUCAAUUGUUCAGUGAACAUUAUGUUUCAUCUCCACAGUUCCAUAGCAGCAGCCCACUUUCUGUGUUAGAUGAUGGUAGUCCUUUGCAGAGUGAGUCAUCAGUUACACCUCAGUGUGCUUCUGUGAGCUUAAGACAUUAUGGAUCCCCAAUGAUGCCCCGUGAUAUUUUAUCGCCCACUGGUAUAUCCCCCAUUGUGAAACCUUCAAAUACAAAUAGAUUUCUAUCGAAACUUGAUUUCGUGUCCUCUAAUUUUGAAACACCACAUUCCAUGUCUCCUUCAGCAUUCUUGCGAGUGAGAGGUGCUAUUUUUCCAUCUCUAGAAGAUGUCAGCUGUCAAAGGAACUAAAUAAACUACUUAUGAUAUAUGUGUUGCCUAAAUUGUUGAUCGGACAGUUUUUUCUUCAUUUAUUAUAGUAUAUGUUUUAAUCAUUUUAUGUGAUUUUGAAGUAUUAAUGAUGAUACUUACUAUUUUAAAGUGUGCACUAUUUCUCCAAUUGAAAUCUAUUGUAUUAUUUAGUAAUUUGGGAGAAAGUGUAAAUUUAAAACAGGUGGCCUAGUUUUCUUUUAUAAAGCAAUUUAUAAAAGCUUACCAUUUCUGUGACUAAAAUCAUAAUGUUAAGAAAUUUUAGAUUUACGUUUGACUUCAACUUCAGUGAAAGUUUUUAUAGCAUUGGUAAAUUACAAUUUCUGUUUAUUGUUUAUUUGGUAAAUCCCUAAUUGAGAAGAUUUGUAAUGAAUUCCAUGGAACAAAUA